AUGAGACAUCAAAAUAAUCACAUUUAGAACUUGCAUUUGAUUGCUGCACGACUUAGCGCUGCAAAAUCUACUUAAAAAUCCUUCUUAAAUGAUAGUUGUUAGAUAUUAACCUAAUAAACCAAUUUAUCAAUCAACUAAUCAUUUAGCAGUCCUAAAUAUGUGUCCACUCAACAUUCGUUUAUAUUACCGUAACCAGUUAAUACAAGCAUGAGCAUGAGAGACACCUAGUAGAGUUACAAAUGUAGUUCUCCCUCAAUGAGAGUACAAACAGAAAAGAAUGAUAAGGAUGAUAAAAAACAGUAAUAAUUUAUUGAAGCGACCUUUAAAUUAUUAGCCUAAAACGAAAAGUUAGAGAAAUUGAUAAGUUAAUAAAAUGAAAUGCUUCAGAUGUAUAGAGAGGAUAAAAAAGAACUCGAAAUCACAAUUAAGAGAUUGAAUUAAGAAAUUUAGUUUCUCAAGGAUGCUAAUUAUAAAUAAGUCUCUAUGUUAGAAAAAUAAUUAAAACAAGUGAAAGGAAACUCGUAUUAUCUUCCCAAAAAGCUUUUCAAAUGA